CGCGCAGCUGUGGGCGAGAUGGCUGAGGAGAGACAGCCCACGAGAACUCAAUUUCCUGCAUCUGCUGAAUCUCAAAAACCCCACCUGAAAAAAGCUCUAGAGUUUCCGAUUUUGGAGAAGAAAAAUUGGUUGAUACAUCUCCACUAUAUCCGGAAGGAUUAUGAAGCAUGCAAGGCUGUUAUCAAAGAACAGCUUCAGGAGACCCAGGGGCUAUGUGAAUAUGCUAUCUAUGUCCAAGCACUUAUAUUUCGCCUGGAAGGAAAUAUCCAAGAAUCCCUAGAACUCUUUCAGACAUGUGCUGUUCUCAGCCCACAGAGUGCUGAUAACCUCAAGCAGGUGGCCAGGUCUUUAUUUCUUUUGGGGAAACAUAAAGCUGCCAUUGAAGUAUAUAAUGAAGCAGCUAAACUUAACCAGAAAGACUGGGAGAUCUGUCAUAACCUAGGAGUUUGCUACAUUUAUCUGAAACAGUUCAACAAGGCACAAGACCAAUUGCACCAUGCCCUACAUCUUAAUAGGCAUGAUCUGACUUACAUAAUGCUGGGGAAGAUUCACUUGCUGGCGGGAGACUUGGACAAGGCCAUCGAAAUCUACAAGAAAGCUGUGGAGUUCUCACCAGAAAAUACAGAACUUCUUACAACUUUAGGUUUACUCUACUUACAGGUUGGUUUUUACAAGAAGGCAUUUGAACACCUCGGAAAUGCGCUAACUUAUGACCCUAUCAACUACAAGGCCAUCUUGGCAGCAGGCAGCAUGAUGCAGACCCAUGGAGACUUUGAUGUUGCCCUCACCAAAUACAGAGUUAUAGCUUCUGCUGUUCCAGAAAGUCCUCCACUUUGGAAUAACAUUGGAAUGUGUUUCUUUGGCAAGAAGAAAUAUGUAGCAGCUAUCAGCUGCCUGAAACGAGCCAACUACUUGGCACCCUUUGAUUGGAAGAUUCUCUAUAAUCUGGGCCUUGUUCACUUGACCAUGCAGCAGUAUGCAUCAGCUUUCCAUUUUCUCAGUGCAGCCAUCAACUUCCAGCCAAAGAUGGGGGAACUGUACAUGCUCUUGGCGGUGGCUUUGACCAAUCUGGAAGAUACAGAGAAUGCCAAGAGAGCUUAUGCCGAAGCAGUCCGCCUGGAUAAGUAUAACCCUUUAGUCAACUUGAACUAUGCUGUGCUGCUAUACAACCAGGGUGAGAAGAGGGACGCCCUGGCCCAGUAUCAGGAGAUGGAGAAGAAAGUCAACCUACUCAAGGACAGUAGCUCUCUAGAAUAUGACUCUGAGAUGGUGGAGAUGGCUCAGAAGUUGGGAGCUGCUCUCCAGGUUGGGGAGGCACUGGUCUGGACAAAACCAGUUAAAGACCCCAAAUCAAAGCAACGGACAACUUCAACCAGCAAAGCUGCCAGUUUCCAGCAGCCUCUGGGCUCUAAUCAAGCUCUAGGACAGGCAAUGUCUUCAGCGGCUGCAUACAGCAAGCUACCCUCAGCUGCAAAGAUAUACCACAGUCCCAGUGAUGCCAGAAAACAUGGGGUUUCUUAAAAUUUAACAGUGAAAAUAAUGAUUUCUUUGGGAAUUCUGGAACAAGAAUUCAAGUCACCAUCUCUUCCUCUGGAGCUGGAGCCUGUGUGGAAGCAUGUCCAACUGAAGCACCAGCACAAAUAAGAGAAAAAUAGGAAUAGGAUGACCCCAGAGUGGGGGUUUCUCUGGUGAUAAUGUACCAGAUUAAGAAAGGCUACAUGACACAGGUAGAGUGGAGGCCAGCAUGUUCCUUGGGCACCACAGAACACAGCAUAUGUUGUGGUGAUCAUGUGGAGCCUGAGGCUUCUGUAGUCCCCCAUUGGUCCCCAUCAUCUCACCCAGGAAAUAGAGAGAAGCCAGCCAGACAGGUCCUUUAAGAAUUGAAAACAAAGCUUAUGGUUCUAGGUAGUUAGUUCCAAGAGCCAGCAAGGUAGAUGACUGCUUA